GAUCUUGACAAUGGCCACUGUGUGAAACAUGAAAAAAGUUGAGAAGUUAGUGUUUAUGGAUGUUACAGGCUGGAGGGCGUUGAGUUCAACAAAGGGAUGAAGGUGUAACAGUGGAGUCUACAACACUCACUCAUCAAUAUUCGGAAGAAAGAGGGAAGAAAUUUUUUUUUUCCCAAGGAACAACACCAGAGUCAAGCCAUGAGUGUCAUCGACAUUCUCACCAGAGUUGAUUCCAUCUGUAAAAAGUAUGAUAAAUACGACGUCGAGAAACAAAAGGAUUCCAAUAUCUCCGCUGACGAUGCAUUCGCAAAACUCUACGCCUCCGUUGAUGCCGAAAUCGAGACCUUACUUCAGAAAGCAGAAACCGCUUCCAAGGAGAAAAGUAAGGCGUCUACUGUAGCGAUCAAUGCCGAGAUUCGUCGUACUAAGGCUAAGUUGUUGGAGGAGGUUCCCAAGUUGCAGAGAUUGGCUAUGAAAAAGGUAAAGGGGCUUUCAUCGCAAGAAUUUGCUGCCCGUAAUGAUUUGGUUCUUGCAUUGCCAGAUAGGAUUCAAGCUAUCCCAGAUGGGACCCCUGCAGUACCCAAACAAACGGGAAGUUGGGCAGCUUCUGCCUCACGUCCUGGAAUUAAAUUUGAUUCAGAUGGACAAUUUGAUGAUGAAUACUUCCAUCAAACCGAAGAAUCAAGUCGAUUUAGGCAGGAGUAUGAAAUGCGUAAACUGAAACAGGAUCAAGGUUUGGAUAUGAUAGCAGAAGGAUUGGAUACUUUGAAAAACAUGGCACAUGAUAUGAAUGAGGAACUGGAUAGACAAGUACCACUGAUGGAUGAGAUUGAUGCUAAGGUGGACAAGGCAUCUUCCGACCUUAAAAAUACCAAUGUUAGACUUCGAGACACAGUGAACCAGCUUCGGUCCAGUCGAAACUUCUGCAUUGAUAUUGUUUUAUUGAUUAUAAUUUUGGGAAUUGCUGCCUAUUUGUACAAUGUGCUAAAGAAAUGAUACGGCAUAGAGGACAGAUCAUUGGAUCAAUUUGUAUGGCAUAUCUGUAUCUCUUGUAUUUUCUUGGUUGUAUCGUGGUGUGACUCAUGUCUAAUUUUUUUUAAAAACAAUAUUUUGCACUUGUUCCUGUUACUUACGAGAUGCACUUGUCCUUUAUACAGACUCAAGAUGCCACUAAAUUAUGUCACACUGCGAAUUUGUAUUCGUAUUGACACUUGUGUAUAUCAAAUUAAGAUGGAUUAUCUAUAACAAAAAUAAAAUAAAAUUUAA